GGUCGAGGGACAGAAGUGAACUGCGUGCGAAUGAGGCGGUCCGAAGGGGUGGAUUCGCAACGCGCAUGCUCCUGAGGGAGAAGGGUUGGAGUGAUUUGCAAUGCAAAGAAGGGGGUUGAAGACAAUCGAUGUAGGAGAGCAGCAACAGACGGCAAUAUGCUUUCGAUGGAGGAAGAUUACAUCGACAAUGAGUAUUACACGAUUAAUCGUCAAUUUUUUCGUUUAAUUGGAUUAUGCCAAAAAACGUCAUCUAAGAACAUAAUUCUUAUUUGUUUUAUUAAUUUCAUGCUAGCUUUUGCAUUAUUCGAACAGAUGAAUUUUCUCUUCAUGUCUGAAAAAAAAUUAAUAUUGAUUGCCAAAUUACUAGAAACGACCAUGCCUACAUUAUGCUAUGGAUCUUGUUAUUGCAAUCUAUUGUUGAAUGAUAGAGUUAUGAAGAAAAUUUUUUCUCGUAUCAAGUCCGAUUGGGAUGACCUAGCAAACAAACCAGAAAUAGUGAUACUGAAGAAAUAUGCUGAAAUUAGUAGACUUUGUACAAUAGUAAUGUCAAUCUCCUUUUAUCUUUAUAUUGUAUUUUUGAUUUUUCCAUCAUUGUUAAGUGUGUUUCGUUACGUCAUUGGUUCUAUAAGUGAAACUGAAUUAAUAUUACCAAUUCGUGUUGACGCUAUCAUGAACAACCGAAUACUUUACUACAUCGGGUUUAUAAUCGAAUCUAUAAUUAUAUUAAUCGCGGGCAAUGUAGGGAUUGCUAACUAUUCCAUGUUUAUAGUAGUUAUCCAGCAUGCUUGUGCACUUCUUACCAUCGUCAACUGGAGAGUAAUUGAAAUAUUUGUAAAGAAUCAACAAAAUUUUUAUUAUUCGACUAAUAGAAGUGAAUUAAUUGAAGAAAGAGAAAAGAUAAUCCAUAUCAUAAAAUUCUAUAAUAACGCGAUCGAAUUUAUUGAUUUAUUGAAAUCGUUUUACGAAACAAUUCAUUUGCUCGAAGAAUUGUUUGGAUUUGUAAUUAUUUUGGUAGAUUAUUUUUACUUAUUUCAGAUAAUUUCUUUAACUCUUAAUUUGACCGAAGGAUUAACAAAGCUCUUUUUUAUUGUUGGAACACUUUUUACAAUAUAUGCUUACUUUUAUCUGGCACAAAAUUUAAUAAAUCACAACGUCGACGUAUUUACAAUAUUCUGUCAAAUUCCAUUUUAUUCGUUAUCUUUGAAGACGCAAAAUUUGUUACUCUUUUUGAUAAUGAGAAGCAUGAGGCCAUGCAGUUUAUCGGUGAGGGGUGCUAUUGUUGUAUCCCAUGACAUGUUUGCAACGAUAAUGCGGAACUCAUUUUCUUUCGCUAUGGUAUUAUAUAGCUUGCAAUGAUUUUGAUAAUGAAAAAUUUAAUAUGAUCGUUUGUGGUUAUGGAUAAUGUCAUUUAAAUGGAUUAUUAUUAAUUGUCUUUCCUUUUAUUCUGCUACCUUUUUUUUUCUUUUUAUCAAUUAUUACUUAUACAAAUAAAUGCAAGUUUUGAUUGCU